AUGAACCAUUCCUCUGAUGGCGGCCAACCAUGGGGCCACCCGUUACGGACUUUCAAUGGCGUCUCCGCGAUGGGCCAGAUCCGACAACCUACCGUUGUCGACUUAACCGCUGAGUCGCAGGACCGAGAACCGCCGCCUAAACGACCGAGACUAGAAUUACCCGCCAAUACCCCGGACACCGGCGCGACGGAAGCCAAAAACACCCCGAGUAGCGCAAGUGCGCGACCUGCUAUCUCGUGGCGCGGUCGCCCACUCUGGUCCUUCCAAGCGGUCAUAGCAGAUAUCCCGGGCAAUGACAAUCGGGGGGACAGCAGCUCGAAACCACCGACUCCGCCGCCGCUCCCCGCUCAGCCAUGGAAGGCUCCCGCGGUGACCGAGACCCCCGGGCCCGGUCUCAUCAAGUCGAGGGAAAGCUCUCCAGUGGGAGCUGUACAGACAACGCCCUAUCGCAUUGAGACUCCCACAGUGGCGCCGGUCUACCGAGGGAACAAACCCGCCGACUUCGCCCCAUGGACCGGAAACCACCCCGAGGAUGUCUUGAACGAACAGACCGCGAAGCAGGGAUACUAUGACCGGACACAGGUGUCUCAGAACGAGUCGAACACUGCGCGACCGGCGUUGUAUGCGCAGCUCAAACACCGCACGGGGCUACAGAUGCUCUCGUCGGUGUUUGCUGCGGCAUUGGAGAAGCGUCAGACACACAACACCGUCCACGCCCCGUCAACCUUCAAACCGCCACCUCGAGUGACACUGACCGACAACAAGCGCGAGGCUUGGCUUCGAGACCUUGCCAACCCGACCGUGCCGCUGCGGCGUCUCAGCCGAACCAUCCCGCACGGCAUUCGCGGUAAAGUCCUUUUAGAUCAAUGCCUCGGCAAAUGGAUUCCCGUUGCACGCGCCGUCUGGCUGGGAAAAUGUGUGGGGGCGAAUGAGAUUCGUGCCUUUAAGCGCAAAGGCACCAGCGGUGCUUUAGCUGUUGGCCUGGAAGCGAAGUGGGUUCGAGACUGGACGACCAAUGUCCAACAGUUUGUUGAAGGGGUCUUCAGUGCUCCAAAGUCCUCGGACUGGAAGGCAAAGAUGACAUAUGUUGUUGGAUUAACUGCCCGUCUGUUUUUUGAGAAUCUGCUGGAUCAUGAUCAUUUCCUUGAAUGGUUCCUCACAUCGUUCGAAGCUGCUUCUAUCAGUACUGUUCCAAUAUGGCUUCUGAUGCUGGGUAUCUACUGGAAUAGCAUCAUGCGCUAUCGGCGCAGAGGUCGCCGACUAGCUGAGCUAUUGCUCCAGAAGCUCCGGGUGGUGACGGAAGCUAAGGUGGCUCAACUCCAACCUCUCAUCGACCGUCUUGCUCGAUUUAUCAGAAAGCUUGUUCGCGAGCAUACUUCCUCCAUGGUUUUACCCAAGACUUGGGAGACGUAUAACCAACAAGUUUCCUCCUCGCUUGAUUUAACCAAUGAAGCAGACCAAGCUUUGUUACAGAGUCUGUCUGAGCGUAAUGCUCGAGUACAACGACCAAAACACUCCAACAAAACAACCCAACGAUCUCCACAUCAACGCAUCAUCCGCCUUCUCGACUCUAUCCGCCCCGCUCAUGACAUCUCCUCUAUCUCUACGUACCUUGACGCAUUUGAAGACAAAGCUGUUUUGGUCACCAAACUCCUUGAGUGGCUCUCGACACAUUUCCGUUACGGUCUUCAUAGAGUCUAUAUUGCAGCUCGACUUUUACGCAAGUGGAAAUCAGCUGGUGUUGACAUCGACGGCCACAUUCUCGCAUUCCUCUCGCGCGCGCGAACCAACGAUGGUCUCGGGAUGGAACCGAUUUUCCAUGUCAUCUCCGAACUUGUUCGGUCACAGACUUUCUCGGUUGGUCGCUACCUUCAGUGGCUCAUGGCAAGAGGUGUGACAAAUGCUUCCCCAUCUCAUAAGCUCACGGUAAGCCCUGUACAAUGUACUCCGAUUUUAAUCAAAACUAACCCCACACAGGUUGAGGAUUUGCCAAUAGAUAUCGCGCUGAUAGCGCAGCUUCCUGUGGGUCGCCUCCCGGAACACGUCGGAAAUUUGCGCAGCACGUUGCUAUCAAGGAUUGGACUAUGUGCUUCGGAAGAAACAUCAACCAUUGAAGAUGUAAAGAACAUCAUCAGCCAGAGCUUGCCGGAAAUAUUUGGUGCUAGCGAAUCCGUUACGGUGGAAUUGAACUCACUACCAUCGAACUUACCUUGGUCUGUGAAAGCCGAGGUUGGCCAGUGGCUUCGUCACGCAGUUUCGCAACACAGGGACGAUCUUCCAGCGAAUAUCCCAAAGAUCUUCCGAAAUGACAGUGCUUUUGUAGUGUCUGCACUUACUCCCACGCAAUUCUACAACGUUCGAGCGAUUCUCGAAACGUUUGGCGACAUAUCAAUGCUGGCAGAUGUGUUGAAGUUUGCGUCCAGCUGCAAAGAUAGUACAGUGCUUGCCUCGGUUGCCGACACAACGAACUGCCACUUCGAUUCUCUUUGUGUGAUCGGGGCUACGGGUGAUCUGUUCCGGGGGCUCAUUGACGCCUAUGCUGGCGUCAAGAGGCUCGGUACACCCAGUCUCGAUUUGAUAUUCUCUCUGAUUGAACUUGGCCUGCGAAUUCCCAACGAACUCAACGCAGUGUCUAUCCUUCGGCACGAUCUGUCUCGCAUGGAGAACAAGUCAAUCGUGGCAGCAUCCUCUCCGGUAUCUGAUCACAUUCCUGACAGCUUCGGUGAUAUCGAUCCUCUUUUCCGAGAGAAGCUCGAUCAACUCUUGCUAUCAGGAAGUGUCAUGGAUGAGCCCACGCUGGACACGAUAUUCAAUGCACUAGCGAAGCAUUUGGAAACCGAUGGUGGCAAAGUCAAUCUACCUGCCAAUGACACCUGCCGUUACCUUGCACAAUUGAGAUCAUUCAGCCCCAAACAUUUCGACGGAAUUCUUGCACGUUGGGUAUGCGGUCACCUACGAUCAGACGAUCGCACUGCUUUGUUGCGAAUCCUUCCUCCGCUGAUCGGUGUUGGAUGUGUCACCAUCAGGGCUUUCCUGGCACUCGCGAAGAGACUAAGCGUUUCGACCCAGACACCUAUUCCGAACGCAGCCCAUCUUCCUGCGGAGCUUGUUCAGCUUCUCGUUCCCGAUAGCAAAGAAAACAAGUCGUUUGACCUGGUCUCGUAUCGUUUUCAGCUUGCACAACAGGAAUUCCUUAGCAAGAGCUCUGAGCAAGCAUUGGGAAUCGUCUGUGACGCUGCUUCAUGCAGAGUCAGUGACUCCACGACUGCGUCUAGUGAACUGGAAAGGCCAAUGGUCGAGCUUUUGCGUGAUCUGCUUGUGCGGAACCCCGGGUGUAUGGCACAGAACAGCCUUCAGAAGCUUGUGAACAAGCACCCGGCUGCUUUGAGCACUAUUCAAAAGGCACUUGACCUUUUGCUGGGUGUCGAAUCUCAACAGGGCAGCCAAUCGGUUCUCUCGGAGGUAGAGAAACUUGCCAGCAUGACCGAUGACUUCUCGCUCCCCUUUUGCCAGUUGAAACUUCAGGUUCUGUUCGGCGCGGAUGCAGCGACGGAAGACCGAGCCAGCAUUGUCGAUGCAAUGUUCAAGACUGCUGUAUCAGACAGCCGCGCCCAUCGACUUCAUUGGGUGGACCUCGUCGCACUGAUGAGCCCGGAUGCCGUCCGACAAAUUCGCGAGCGUGCGGAGAAGGAGUUUUUUUCCAUUCCCCUGCUCGACGAGACGAUGGACGAAGCACCCAAUCCCUCCGGCAAGCCGAGCUCACUGGAAACUGCCAGACUCUAUCUUACUAUAAUCGAGGAGCUUGGAACUAGCAUUCCCGAAUCUGGCGCCCCGUCUGUUGCAACUGUUCUCGUCGAGAAGAUGGACGGUCUUUUCCACAAAGUCAUCUCCAUGCACGGCAGCAAUCCAACUGCCCCCAAGGGCGCAGCCACCCAAGGCCGCUCAAAGUUUGAACGUGCUCUUGCCUUCUGGUUCUCCGCCAUGCUGAGGAUGAUCGUCCUUCACCGGUCCGCCUUUAUUCAAUCGCCCGCAGUGCUGAAAGUCAACCCUUCACACGACCAGCUCCGACUAUUGACAUCCAUCCUCUGUAUCGCUCUCUCCCGUCUCCCAGGCGACCUACUGCGCCUCUACCCAACAGCGGACUACUUCCCACGAGCAAAUGCGACCGAAGACUUCCGUCCCUGUCCCGGGGUUCUAUUGCAAACACAUGCCCUCGACGUAGUUGCAUCUCUGAUCGAUAUCUUCCCCGACGAAGUUCGCCACCAGUGCGCUCGCUUCUUCAAAGAAAAAUGCCCUUCUUUCGUUCCAAUGCAGAACGACUCCCGCUUCCUCUACCUUCUCGGUCCCACGACAGACCAAUACUCCACAAACACGCAGCAAUUCUCAGCGCCUUCACCUGCAGGAUCAGGAUCAACCCCAACUCCGACGCCCGCUCCGCUCUCCACCGUGGGACCAUCCCCGGCCCAGCAUUCAGUUGCAGCAGCCUCCGGACUGUCGACCGGCGUGGACGGCUCGAACAACAUGGCCAACCGACUUCGGCUUCAACAUCGUGGUCGCGUUCUUGGUCCAUACCCCGUUCGUCCUUGGGAGUUACUCGAGGAUGCUGCUCCUUUCCUGGGCGUCAAUGACACCGCCGUCAAUCUGGGCUACUUUGACGCUAGACGUGUGAGAGCAUGA